AUUUUGGUGUCAAAUUAGACUUGUGAUUGUUUAUUUUUGUUCAGUUCUUACGAAAACCGGAAAAAUGGAUAUUAAUCGGGAUUUACCUCCUCCCUAUUCAGCAGUGGCACAACCAGGUGUUCACCAACACUACGCCUACAACCAACCGACGGCACCUCCUGCGCCUGUCUACACUGUCCCACCUACGCCUAUAUACAAGCAACCGGCUCAAGCUCCGACGUACGGGGCCACUACAACGCAGACGAUCAUUUUGCAGCCGGAAACGAUUAUCGUGGGCGGAUGUCCGGCCUGCAGGGUAGGCGUGCUGGAAGACGAUUUUACGUGCUGCGGAGUCAUGUGCGCGAUAUGUUUUUUCCCGCUCGGAAUUCUGUGCUGCCUUUUGAUGAGGGAGAAAAAGUGCUCCAACUGCGGGGCCAGUUUUUAA